GACAUCGUGAGAAGGUGUGUUUCCGGAAGACGUGGCUGUAGCUGCUGCAGAGGCAGCUGUCAUCAACAUUAUUACUGUUAGAGAGGAGAGCUAACAUAGUUUAACUCUCAUUAUUUUAUUUCUGUUUAAUCUUUUAUUUCAGCGCCACAAUGAUUUCUCUAACGGACUCCCAAAGUAAGACUUUUUAUUAUUAUUAUUAUUAUUAUAUUUAUGAAUCUUCUUCUUCUUCUUCUGUGUUUUUCUAACCGGCUCUGAUGUUAGAGGAUGCUAACAGCAGUUAGCUCUCGGUGCUGAGGAACAAACUUCCCUCUCUGUGUGUUUUUGACCGGAUAAAAACAGAAAAACACUCUGACGCUGACACUGAUGUUUGUCCUGUUAGUCUGUGAUAAUCAAAGAAGUGAACAAGUUUUUUAAUCUUUGUGAAGAAAGUGAGAAAAACACGGAGCUGCUGCCGUUAAAGAAUAUAAACCUGAUUCAGUUUCUCUGUGGUUGUUUAACUGUUACAGAGGAGUGUGUGUGAGAGAGAGAGGGAUUUAGAUAAACAUUCACUAGUGUAUAUAUAAGGAAUAUAAAACACUCAUGUUCUGAUGUCUGAGAUUAAAACACAAUAAAUGUUUAAAUCUGCAUCUAAACUUGUCUAAGAACGAUGUUAACGAUGGUCGUGAUCUUCAUGAUCUCAGACAGGACUCUGGAGGGAUGACCUUCAUAUGAUCCUAAACCACAAUCUGACAACAGCAUGGCUCUGUAGGAGAAGAGUCCUGACUGAUGCAGUCCUGACUUGUUCCCCAUUGAAAACAUUUGAAGUAGGGCUGGGCGAUAAAACGAUAACGAUAUAUAUCAAAAAUUAGUUUCCCUCAAUAUCAGAAUAAAACAUGAUCAAUAUGCUUAUCAAUAGUCGUCAUUCUGCCAUGUUUUGGUCGACUAUACGAACAGCCAAUGAAAAGGGGAGUUUCUCCGGGUCUGAACCAAUCAUGUUCUGAAUUAGAACCAAGUAUCAACCAACUGCAGCGUCGUAGCAGACAGCAGCUCCACCCAACCAUAGCACUUUAACAGGUGAAGCCGACAGCACUGUUGGUGAGAAACAAAGAAAAUGAGUGCUACCCCCGACAGAAAUGACCAUGAAGGCUCAACAGAUGACCACAUCAAUGUCAACCACAACACUGGCGUUAGGAAAACGUCGGUGGUGUGGAGGUAUUUUGGUUUUUGGAGGUCGGACAUGAAGCAGAGUAAUGUGGACCCUGAUAUUGAUCGAUAUCAGCUGAUAUGAACACAAAUAUCUCAUGAUUAACUUUGUCCCAUAUCACCCAGCCCUAAUUUGGAGCAUCAUGACCCCAAAAAUAGAUUUUAGUGUGUUAAUUUACCCUUUCUGUUGUGUGUGUGUGUGUGUGUGUGUGUGUGUGUGUGUGUGUGUGUGUCCUGCAGAGAUCGGUAUGGGGCUUACAGGCUUCGGCGUGUUUUUCCUCUUCUUCGGGAUGAUCCUGUUCUUUGACAAAGCUCUCCUGGCGAUUGGAAACGUGAGUUUUCGUUCCUCUGAUUUUAUCUGUGAUGCUGAGAAACUGACAGGUGUAACACCCCCCCCCAUAUCAGCAGGUCCCCACACUCUUUAAAAACACAUGGAGCUGUACGUACACGGUGGAUUUUUAUCCUACAUUUUUAAAUUGUUUGCUGUUCUGUUCUUCUGUUGUUAUCAUGAGAAGUUUAAUUAAAACUUAAACCAGGAGAAAAAAUCUUCUUUCCUUCAUAGAUAAGACUAGAACUUUAACAUAUAUUCUUCAGUUUUAUUCUAAACACAAUACUUAUUAUUAUCCUUAUUUUACUUAUGAGAACUUUGCUUAUUUGACUUUAUUAUCAUAGUAAUUUUAAUUUAGAGUCAAUCUGACUUUUAAUUUAUCGUCACAAUUUGUAUUUUUCUCUUUCUAACCCUGGUUUUCUUCAGGUACAACACCACAGACUGUAUGGAGUCCAGGGUGAACAAAAUCCUCCACCUUCGACUCCAGCGUUACAUUUCUUAUUUAAUUUUACAUUCAUUUAAUCUCAACUGUUUUUAACUAUAUAAAUCUCUUACUGAUCCUUAUCCACUUUGACUUCUUAUCCUGCUUAAUUUCAACUUGAGUUUUAAUUGUUUUAUUCAUCUACAGCUCCUAAACAAACUCGAUCACCAGAACCGCCCAAAUUCUAAAUUAGUGAGCUCGUUUUCUGCAGACCCUAACCCCUACCUGCAGUUCAUUAAUGAUCAGUUAUCAGGUCUCAUCUGGUCUCACAUCAGGACAGUCUUGAUCAGACCCUCAGGACUUAUUAAACCAGGUUUCAGACUCGUCUCUUUUAAACAAAUCUACACUUCUUUUCUGGUCCUAAAAAGCAGAUUUAUAGCAGACGGCGUUUUCUUCCUCUUUGUCGUGACGGUUCAGUGAUCAGAUACGUCAAAUGAAGCCGAUUCUUCACUCUCGAUAAAGAAAAAGCCGUUUAACGAAAAACAAAGACUGUACCUCUCUCUCACGUCCGUCUCUGUAGAUCCUGUUUGUCGCUGGACUCGCCUUCGUCAUCGGGUUGGAGAGGACUUUCCGUUUCUUCUUCCAGAAGCACAAAAUGAAGGCGACCAGCUUCUUCCUGGGGGGCGUGUUCGUGGUGCUGAUCGGGUGGCCCAUCGUGGGAGUGGUGCUGGAGAUCUACGGCUUCUUCCUCUUGUUCAGGUUCGAGGAAACAGCAGACAGACAGUUAGAGACCGCAGACCGAUGGUGGAAAUGUUCACUUCAGUUUGGUGUUAAAAUCCGUGUUGUUGAUGUUCAUCUCUCUCUCUCUCUCUCUCUCUCGUCACCUUCAGGGGGUUCUUCCCUGUGGUCGUGGGCUUCAUCAGAAGAAUACCUGUCCUGGGCUCCAUCCUGAACCUGCCCUUCAUCAGCGCUGUAAGUCCAACACAACAACAACAGCAGCUGCAGCAUCUCUGCUCCUUUGUUUUUACACCCAGCAUGGCUCUUCCUCUUCUUCUUCUUCUUCUUGGUUAUUAUAAUUAUUCACCCCCUUCAAACAAACACAACAGAUUAACCAAACCAGCCCGACCCGCUGCCCCCUCAGCCCCCUCGUAUCGUGGUUUUUAAGGUCUCACAUGCAGAUAGAUCACAUGAAGAGUCCAAACUGAGCCUCCAGAACCGUCCCUGUUCAGUCCAAGUUCUCGGACUCACAGUUGGCGCUGUGGUUACUGAGCAUGCUCCGUCCAUGCUGUUGUGUGGGAAUCUUUGUGUUGAGGUGAAUGUCUCUCUGUCUUUGUGUUUUUAUUAAAGCCUUCGUAAGGCUCUGAGGACAAUCAGCAGUCGUGGUCAGUCACUGCCGAUUUUCCCUCGCAUGCUAACAUGUUGAUCACGCUUGACAGUGUUUUUAGAGUCUCACUGUAGAAGAAGAAAAAACACCUAACUUCAUGUUUCUGUUUGACUUUGAAGGAACACACGGCAGGAGAAACAGGCUGUGAGGAUGACGUUCAGAUUCACAAACAAACUGUUACCGUAGUUUUCAGACUGUAAGGAGCACCGGAUUAUAAAGCGCAUUAAACCAAAGAAAACAGUCAAUAAGUCAAACUUAAUUUAACUCAUUCAGUAACUCUGCGAGGUGACAGUAGCUGCAGCGCUCCGACAAGCCAAAAGGAUUUCUAGUGCGCCUUAUAGUUCGAAAAAUACGGUAACUAAAUAAACUUAAUGAAGUAUUAAUGAAAUAAACUUUUAUAAAAACUCAAAGAAAUGAACUCACUACAAAAACAUGAUCGUUUACAGACUCAGUUCAGACCCAGUUCUUCGUUGAGAGGACAACUGGACUAACUUGAGACGUUUCGCCUUAGGCUGACUCCAAAAGAGUGUUACCCCCCAAUCUCCACCUCAUUCUGGACGUCGACUAAAAGGUCGUAUCCUCCGAUCGUAGCUUUCACACCAUGCAAACGGGCGGAGACGAACAAGUGAAAGGUUUUUAGACGUCAUUUCACCCCGAUGACACCAUGGAUGAGGAGAUGAUGAUUCUAGAAGUCUAGAAGUAGAUUUCCUCCUCUGGAAGGACACAAUCUACUGCUUAUAUGUCUAUGUGUCUGUCUUUAGUGAGACAACUCGUUAUCGCGCGAUGUUGGACAUUGGUUCUUGCGAUUCCUGCUGUCUGUAAUCCGCCAUGAAAUUCGCCUCACAAACGGAUCCGGCAGGAAUUGGCGGAUGGUGAAAAUCGCCGCCUUUCAGAGCCGUUCGGGAUGCGGUGGGAAUUCGGGGUUAGGUGUCAAAAGGAAGUGUGAAUCUGUUCUGUUAUAAGAUUUUACUGUCAGACGUUUUGAAUACUCAGCGAACUUUAGUCCAGUCGUUUCGAUCGUCUCCUCCUGCCGUGUGUCCCUCUAAGGUCUGCAUGUCCUCCAUCAUGUUUCCUGAUAAUGGCGCCCAUACUGUCACCUGUCUCUGUCACACCUGCAGCGUCUCCACCUGUUCACGUCUGCUCGCUCUUUGAAGCUGACAGACGCCGGCAGCUCCUCACUCGCCCUCUCUCUCUCUCUCUCUCUCUCUUUCAGUACGUGGACAAAGUCGGCGAGAGCAACACGAUGGUAUAACAGAGACUCUUUGAACCCAGAGGAGCUUUUAUAAAACCAAGUCCCAUCAGCUGAUUGAAGCAGCUAAAGGUUACCUGAUCAGACCCCCAGCCCCUCCUCCAGCAGGCAGAGACUGCUUCCUGUCUGUCUGUAAUUUCACCGCUCAGCGCCACCAAUCAAAGGUUCAUCCGAGCGCCACGCCGCCGGUCUGUUACUGCAGGGCGGAGUCACGAAGGUCACUACAAUAAAUACUCCCAGUGCUAUUGAUCCCCUCGCCAUCGAGAGCAUCUGGCAUGAAAACGGAGGAUGGAAGACGCCCCCGAAGCACCAUCGACUCCGCGUCUACGUGACUUUCCUCCUGCGAGGAGCGAGCGGACUAACACGGAUGAGCGAGCGUUGAGGAGGCGGAGCUGCGGUGUGCCAUACUGUCACGUUUCUGUGCCUGUGCUUUAACUUGAUUUGGACGAAGCUUUUCCAGUCCAGCUCUCAGUGUCUUCGCAGUAACUCUGCGACGCUUCGUUUCUCUUUGUGGCGCUUUGUGAUGUUUCCCUUCUUCUGUUACGUCAUUUCCUGUUACGGUUGGCUGAAGAGAAUUCAGGAUAAAUUAUUCUUACACUGAUUAGUGCUUCACUUUAUGUAUAUUAUGGGGUUUUACUGGUAUCUCGAAGCAUGUGGUCACACUGGACGCAGGUGUUUUUUUCAUAGAUGGUAGGGGAAGGUCCCGCCCCCCUUCGCCUCUGAUUGGUUAUUCCUUAUGGCUGUGAAACAUCGUCGUCUGUCGGGUUAUAAUGUUCUGUAAUGUUCUGGUCGAUGUUCAGAGCCGACAGCCCGCGCUCCGCCUGAGCGUGAUGAGGUUUCACAGCCAAUCAGAGGCGAAGGAGGCGGGACCUUUCUCUACCAUCCUCCACAAAAAAAAAAAAUGGCCACCUGGACGUGUCUGCACCUCGUUUUAAAUCACAGCUGGGCCCGGCUGUUUAAGAGUAAUCUGAUCAGAUUCAAGUUUUUGGAUCAAAUUAAGAAAAUAAACGGAUUGUGGAUUAAAGAUGAGAUUAGAUAAUCCAGUUUGGGUUUUGAACCGGAUUAAACCAGUUUUAGUUGGAGCCUGUUGAGGAGGGUUGAGAUCACUUUAAACCACAUUAACAGGAUGAUUCUGGUCCCAGUAUAAGACCAGAUGAACUCAACUUUAAACUGGUCACACAUACAAACUGUUUUAUUUUGGGUUGAACAGCUGAGACGACUUUUACACAAGUUUAAACAAUAUUUAAAAAAUAAGUGUUUUGACUCGAUGAAAUAUUAAAUCAAAAAGCAUUAAUAUUAAAUAAAACAGGUUAAAUCUACAGCAGCUAAAACUCACUUUCACCGGUCAGUCUGAGACACACCUGCAGAGAAGCAGAUGAUAAAACUCAGACGGGCGUUUAUGAAAACUUUCGUUUCGGCUCCAUUCUGUGGUGGCUGCGAACUGCCACUGCUGCAAAAUAAAAAAAAAAGGGAGAAAAAAGAAGUCACAACGGAAAUUAUCAAUGCAAAAAAAAAAAAGGAGAAAAGAAACUGAAGCCCGCUGCAAAUCAAAAAGAAACGGUGCAGACAAAAGGAAAACACAACAGGAGUUAACGAUGCAAAAAAAGUGCCGAUGGAAGAAAAAAAAAAAAAAAAGCCACAGCGGAAGUUACUGAUGCAAAAUUAAAAAAAAAGAAACCAAAGCCCGCUGCAAAUUUAAAAGAAACGGUGCAGAUAAAAGGAAAAGCCACAAUGGAUGUUAACGACGCACAAAAAAGUGGCAAUGGAAAAAAAAUUAAAAAAAGUUACUGACUACGAAAAUAAAAAGAUGCAAAUAAAAAAGCCACAACAGAAGUGAACUGCCGGGGAACAAUAAUGAUGAUGCACCGGUGUUUUACGAUCUUUUUAUUUUUUUUUUCGUCGUUUACUUCGUUGUGGCUUUUUUUUUUUUUGGUUUGUUUUAUCUGCACUGUUUCUUUUUUUAUUUGCAGCGGGCUUCUUUUUUUUUUUUUCUUUUUUUUCUGAACGUCACGCCUUUGUAUAAAAAAAAUCAAAGUUACCUCCAGUUUGUGUCUCUGAGCUUCAUGAAGGUCUUUCUAGACGAUCAGCUCCAGGUUUGAGUUCCAGCUGGUCCUGGUCUUUGGUUUCCACAGGAGUCCUCGAUGAAGUGGUGAGCAUGAACAACUACGAUGAAGUCCUGAAAAAACAUCCAAACUUUACAUUUUAGAAUCAAGUUUCCAAAUCCAGAUUAUUCUGAUCCAGAUUAGACCUUCUGAACAGCCGGGCCAGAAACUAAAGAUCCGACCACAGCGCCAUCUAUUACACGGUGGUCACUUGUGGUAUUGCAGCAAAAUGUUACUCAGAGUUUCUCCAUAAAGAAACUUUUCAAAUAUAAACGAUUUAAAGCCAAUUCUGUUUCUCGCUGUCACUGGAUUUUUUUUUCAGAUUUGACUCUUUAAAAAGGUGUUGUAGUCAGGAUCUGAUGAAGUUCCAGUUUUAGGAGAGAUCUUGAAUGUAAACUCGACCCCUCACAACCAGUUUUCCCCUCAAGCCCCGCCCACAAACAGACGCUCCUGCUCGCUCGUAUCGUUCCAGUUAAAUUCAGAUAUAAUGCAGAUAAAUACUUCAGAUCAUUACAAAUGGGGCCCAGUCAAGGUGAAAGUCAAAAGCAUUGGUGCUACUGUAGAUGCCAACAGACUACCAGCAAACACAAUGUUUGCAGGACUUCUACAACGAGGAUAAAGUGACAUAGUCCAGGACCCGAGGGAGGACAGUUUAGCGAUGGCGCUACAACACGCUACAGCAGGUCCGUUUGACAAGAAACACUUCUGUUACAGACACUUGUCUUACUUUGUUAAAGCGGUUUACCUGUCCAGCAGAAAGGUUACAGGGUCACCAAGAUCCCCAAGCGUCCCCCAUCGUUUAUGUUGACCCGGCUUUUUAGCUCUUGUCCGGUCUACCUCCGUUUUAAGCGCCCGUUAUUCCUCCAGAGUCUCCGGUAUUUACUUUGUUUUCUUGCUUGUGUCGGCAGUCGUGGCCAAAGGAGGAUUCAGACAAUUUUCCGAACUUUCUGGUUGGUUUCUACUGUCCGAUAUUGUAGCACGCUAACUUUGUUUGGGCUCCUGAACGACACGGGGGAGCAGCGUCUGCCUCACAACCAAUCAGGUUAGAGGAGGUGGAGAACGGCUUUGUUUACAGUCAGAAAGAGCGGACCGCUCAAAAAUGUUCAAAUGUUGACGACACAGACAUAAGAGAACACAGAGAUAUCGAUAUAUUACCAAAUGUCAUCAAUAACUAAUAACUAUUGACUGAUAUCAGAAGUUUUUUUCUUUUUACACCAUAAAAAAUCAGAUUCCUGUCGACUCCGCCUUUAACUGAAUCCAGAGAAACUCUUGACUUCAUGUUUUUAGAGAAUAUAUUUUAUUUAUUUCAGGUUUUAGAACAAACACUCCUGAACACUUCUGACCCGUCAACACAACAAAACAACAACUUCUCCUCACUGUGGCGCUGCAGGUCUGUUUCUUAUCGUCUAAAUGAGUUUAGUUUCUUUAUCCUAAAGUUCAGACUGCUCUGCUCUCUUUGUUCGUUUGUCUUUUUGAAGAGGAGGUCAAAUUUCUUCUUCUUCUCAUAGUCAGACAGAGAGGUGACGGUCAGUCCUCCAGCUGUGGAUCUGUUUUGUUGAGGGUGGAGCUUCCUGUGAUAAAUGACCAUGUUUUCUUGUAUGGCACUUUUGUAAAUAUACUUUAAUUCAGCUUUGUAUCUGCCAACAUGAUGGUCCUGCUCUUUAUUUCUGACUCGUCUUUGACUCUUUAUAUACAGAGAAAAACGAACAUUUGUAUUCAGAUACACUAAACACAUUUACAGAAGUUAAAAAGGGACAUUUAGAAACGCUUAAAAUAAGGAGUGGACGGAUGUUUGUAGUGAUCAAACGGUCAGCUUUAGAGUUAGACACUUCAUUCACAUUUUAGUGCAAUAAUUGAUUAAUCUAACUAGGGCUGCACGAUAUAUCGUUUGAGCAUCGUCAUCAGGAUGUACGUGUGCGUGAUAGACAACCCCGAGGAGGAAACCACGCCCCCAAACAUGGAGUGAGUCGCUGGCGCUGACGAGAAACUCAUACCCGCCGAGAAUAACUUUGUGAACAUUCCUCAUCUCUGUUUAUCCAACAAAUAAGAACUGUAUGGGUUUAAAUUUUACAUUUACGUGGACCACUCUACUGUAAGCGGUGCGCGUUUCUGAGGGGUUGCAAUUCUGGGCACAACACC